AUGGCUGAGACCACACCCCCAGCAGCGUGUUUCUACGAGCACACAGCACAAUCAAUCAUCCCCCAUCUGGCCAAGCAAAUGCCCUACUCAAGCUCCCUCCUCCGACGUAUCCAACACACCCUCGCGUAUCCCUCACCCACCGCCAAGAUCCUAGCAACUUUCCCGCCAGGAUCGACCCCUGGAUCCCCUGGCCCCGAUUCCGAUCCCUCCACGCCGUGGCUGGCUGCACAGGUGGAUCUCUUCCGCGGCCGCGAGACCCAGAUCAUCCUCUUCUCCAGCCUCGAAGCGGAGUGUACUUCUCUCCCGCUGAUCGUCCCUGUCACGGGCUCUGCCACCCUCUCCCCGACCGACCUGUCCAGGUACUCGGGUCCAGCUUCAGCUGCAGGGCCCGCUGUCGCUAACGCCAACACUAAUGCUAACGCUAACUCGCUUCCUCACGCGAGUACUAGUAAUAAUGACAAUGUACCCGUCUCUGAGUCUGAGCAGGGACGAUCGAGUCCGGACUACGCCGUGUCCACUAUCACGGCCUCCCCGGCGGACCUGGAGACCGUCCGCGCCCAAUUAUUGGCUUUCCUCGCGUUUGUCAAGGCCCAGUUACUGCCCGAGUACCUGUCAUCCCUGCCAGACACAAAGUCUGGAUCUGGAUUUGGAUCUUCAGCAAACUCAACUUCAGCCCCUGCAGCGACUGGCGUCACCCUAAUCCCACCACCAGACCCACACGCCUUCCUAUUCGGCUCCCUCCAUACAGGUCUCUUCGCGCUACUGCUGCGAUCGGGAAAAUUCCCUCGCGUGGAUGCGGGCGUGAAGGCCCCCGUCGAUCCUGGCCCGCUUCCCGGUCUACGGGUCCAUCGCUUUGAUAACCCGCCUUAUUACAAGUACUUUUUCACGAGGGCUGUGUUUAGUCCCAGCGUUGCGGGUCAGACAGCUACUGAGAUGGAGAAUCCAUUGCCGGCUGGGUAUAGGUAUCAUGAUCGGCGUGGCCGGGUCGGCGUUUUGUCGUCGCAGUUGGAUCUUGUGCAGAGUCGGACACAUAUUCCCCGACCGCGCCGGCAGUUGCAGAGUCUACCUAGUGUUGCGGUUUACUGCGAUUCCCAGUCCUCUGGUGCGAAUUCCGCUGGUGAAGAGACUGAGCAGGAGGAUGAGAUGCCCAUCGCAUGGGCAUUCCUGGGCGUAGACGGUGCCGUGGCGACAUUACACGUUGAACCUGAGCAUCGCGGACGCGGACUGGCGCUUUCGUUGUCGAAAGAAGUUAUGCGACGCGGCAUGGCGACGGAGGGAGUAUUUGGGGCGAAGAAGGUUGGUCUUGUGGAUACGGAGAUGAGGGGAUUUGUGGAGGAUUGGGUUCAUGCGGAGGUUGCGGGGUAUAAUAAUGCGAGUAGGAGAGUUAUGGAGAAGAUUGGAGGCAAGGUCUUGACGACUGUUGUGUGGACGGUUAUUGAGCUUCUUGAUUGA